AAACAUUUCCUCACAGUUGUAGUCUCCACUAUCAUUUGCUAAUAGCUUCUGGAUUUGUGAGUAGCUUUUUCUGGGAAAAAAUGGGUCUAACCGGCAAGAUGGAACGGCAAAUAGAGCUUAAAUCUGGCGGUGAUUUGUUGCAUGAGAUCUUCAAAUCUAAACCCCACCAUGUCUCUGGCAUCACUCCUGCCAAAGUCCAAGGCUGUUCCUUGAUUCAAGGUGAAUGGGGCAAAAAUGGCUCUAUCAUCUGCUGGAACUACACCCAUGAUGGGAAAGAGAAGACUGCGAAGCAAGUGAUAGAAGUAUUUGAUGGGGAGAAGAAGACGAUCGUAUUCAGGAUCAUAGAAGGAGAUCUGUUGCAGCUGUACAAGACCUUCAUAAUCCUGCUUCAUGAGGAAACGAAAGGGGGCAAGAACUGGGCGACAUGGGCAUUUGACUACGAGAAGCUGGGUCCUGAUGUUGAAGAUCCGGUCAGCCUUCUGGACUACUUGACCGAUGUUGUCAAAGACAUUGAUGCCCAUCAUUCCAAGUAAUGGAUGGAUCAAGCAAAGCUUACGAAGCUGUCGUGCUUGGAACUAGUGUACUUCUAUGUGAUCAAUAAUUAAGGAUAAGAAUAAUUUGUACCUUUGGAGGGUACCUGUGUGGUGAGAGUACUUAAAAAUGUUGUGAUCAAAUAUGUAACGUUUGCUGGAUGUGAUGUGUAACAUGUUAUAUGAUAUACAUAAUGUGAUCUUUUCAUAUA